AUGUCAGGCGCAGCAGCAUCAGCGGUUCCCUCCAAGUUCUCCUCUUUCUUUAAUCACCCGGCUGGCCCGAAAACGGUCUUUUUCUGGGCUCCGAUGAUGAAGUGGUGUCUCGUCGCUGCUGGUUUGAAAGACAUUAGCCGACCUGCAGACAAACUCAGCGUUUCACAAAACAUCGCUCUGACUUGUACUGGCUUCAUCUGGGUCCGUUACUCUCUUGUCAUAACGCCUGUCAACUACAGUCUGGCAGCAGUUAACUUCUUUGUUGGGUCAACUGGUUUAUAUGCUCUUGCACGGAUUGGCAAUUACCACUACAACACACCACAACCGAAGGAGACUGCGCCUGUUGCUGCACAGAAGUAG